GGCAUUAUCGACCAUGCGUUUCCCGCUCAUAGCAGCGGUCGCUGUCACAAUAGGACCUGCGCUCGCGGUGUUUCAAGACGAAGCCUGGAAUACCGACUAUCAAUUCGCGCUCCUGGGACUCCCGAAAGAGGACACGACUUUUUUCCAUCAGCCGGAUCCGAGCUCCAGGGCGUCUCUGGUUUACACAUUAUCGGACGAGGGUGUCAUCGGAGCGGUGAAUCCCAGAGAUGGCUCGUUAGUCUGGCGUCAAAGACUGCCGUCCAACAGCACAGUCGCCGAGACUGGCUUCUUACGAGCUGGGGAGGGCCAGGACGUUGUUGUUGGUGGCAUCGGAGGACAGGUUAGCGCCUGGAGCGCUGCAGAUGGUCGAUUAGCUUGGUCGAUCACCCUGCCUGGACGCCUUGAGGAUCUGGAGAUCCUUGAACUGACUGAUGGCACUACCACCGCUGGAGUGAAGGAUGCAAUCGUGCUAACAAGCGGUGCUCAUCCCGCCAUUCAACGCCUGGAUGGAGCGACUGGAUCUGUCAGAUGGUCACAUAACCUCGACAGCGGAGAUGCUCCCUACCAGGUAUUGGCAUCGUCCACAGAGGUCUUCGCGAUCUUGCUUCACAAGACCAUGCUUGGCUACAUCAAGAUCAAAGUCAUUUCUCUGGACCCUGUGACCGGACGCAAGAACGAUGAGCACUCUCUGAGCUCUGAUAAUGAGCUUGCAUCGGCCGACACGAUUGUGGCAGUCGGUGCCAAUUCCGCAUCUCCGAUCAUCGCCUGGACAGACGCAGCGCAUACUGUUCUGAAGGUCAACAUUGUUGGUUCAAAGGCAGUAACGUCGUUCGACAUUGAAAAGCGAAGCGGCGACCUCGUACAAAAAGUACGACUUCACGCGCCUUUUCACACAAACUCAAUUGCACACUUUCUUGUCCACUACGAGACAGGGACUGGCCACUGGGCCGAGGUGUUUCACAUCGAUCUGGAGAAGAACAAGGUUGAAAAGGCCUACUCACUACCAAAGCUUGGAGGUGCAGGCGCGUUCUCCACAAGCACCGCCAAUGCGAAUGUCUUCUUCACACGCAUCACGCGAGACGAAGUUAUGACGGUAUCUUCCGUCUCUCACGGAAUCCUGGGCAAGUGGCCAGUUAGCGACUUCGGGGUCGUUGCUGGCCGUGACGAGGUGGUCGAGCCCAUACACGCCGUUUCGGAAGUCUCUCCCAAGGGCAGCGGUAUGCCGGCCCUUCGAUCUGCUAUCCUGCUUUCUACUGGAGACUGGGUACUAUUGAAGAACGGCGGUCCUGUCUGGCUCAGACCCGAAGCACUUGCGGGUACCCUGGCUGCCACUUUCUCAAACUCAGCGGCCGUCGAAGACUUCGCAGAGCAGCUCGAAAUUGAGGCUCACAGCAACUUUGUGUCUGCAUACUUCCACCGUGUUGCAAGACACCUGUCGGACUUGCAAAAAUUGCCUGAGGUUUUGACUGCACUCCCCCAGCGCAUCCAGGCCGGACUCUUUGGAACCACUGCGGACAGCGGUUUGAAGAAGGAUGUCUUUGGGUUUCACCAAGUUGUUGCUAUGGCAUCAAAGAAUGGAAGAGUUGUGGCUUUGGACGCUGGGAAUCCUAAGAACGUGCUCUGGAGUAGGAAAGUGGUCAGCAUCACACCUGGACAAUCUUGGACGCCCUCAUUCACAUCGGCGGAAGACGGUGUCUUGACCUUGACCCACGGCGAAAAUGCCGAGAAGAUCCAGCUGAACGCUACGACAGGCGAGGCUGUGACUCGCGUUCGGAUUUCCAACGCCGACCUUCAGCACCCUGGUGCAGUGUUGUUCACCAUGCGCAAUGGCGAGCUCGAAGCAACGAAACCAGACAUUUCCGGCGCUCUGUGGCAUUUCGUUCCGCCAAAAGAGGAGCGAGUCAUCAGCCUGGUCCCGCGACCUGUCAACGACCCAGUAGCCUCGAUUGGCAAAGUCCUCGGUGAUCGAAGAGUGCUGUACAAAUAUCUCAGCCCGAAUCUGGCGCUUCUCGUCACUGCCAACGACGUGGCCAAAUCUGCUUCAUUCUACGUUCUGGACACAAUCUCGGGCGCCACCUUGUACUCGAACAUUCACACCGACGUGGACCUCAGCGCUCCCAUCCCAUCGAUCAUGUCGGAGAACUGGUUUGCAUACUCCUACACCGCGGAGAUCUCCGAAGAUACACCCAAAGGUCAUCAUCUCGUUGUCGGCGAGAUGUUUGAAUCGCUGAUCCCGAAUGAUCGCGGUCCCCUCAGCGCAAAGACCAACAUCUCAAGCUUGCAAGCAGCAGCAGAGCCCUUCGUGCUGCUCAGAUCCUACCAAAUCCCAGAAGCCAUUGCGAAGCUCUCCGUCACCCGGACUCGGCAAGGCAUCACUUCCCGCCAGCUUCUCGCUGUGAUGGAGGACUCAAACUCGAUUGUUGGUAUUCCCUAUAGUGUCCUGGACCCGCGUCGGCCUAUCGGCAGAGACCCCACAAAAGACGAGCAGAUGGAGGGCCUCAUGCGCUACUCGCCAACGCUGGAGUUUGACCCGAAGUGGUACCUGAACCACCAACGUGAGCUUCUGGGCAUCUCGAAUGUCAUCACAUCGCCAGCUCUGAUCGAGAGCACGAGCUUGGUCUUCGCGUACGGACUGGACAUUUUCGGAACGAGGUUGACGCCUAGUUUCAGCUUCGACAUCUUGGGCAAGGACUUCAACAAGUUUCAGAUGUUGGCUACUGUGGCCGCGCUGGGAGUCGGGACUGUUCUGGUGGCGCCAUUGCAGAUUAAUGCCAGAUGGCAGUUUGCUUAG